AUGGCCCAUUAUCCAGAACACAUAGUUGGCAAAGCGGCCCAACGACCUUGGAAGUCAAUCGCGACUUUUCCGGUGGGAACUUUCUUGGAGAACCUUGCUGUCCGCGCAAAUGGAUCUCUGCUUGUAGCAAGCAUGCUCGCCGGCGAGAUUUAUUUUCUGGAUCCACACGCGACAGAUGUUCAAUCCACAAUCUGCAGACUCCAUCAGUUUGUUCCUGAAAAUGUGGCUCAAGACAAUCCGGAGCCUGGAGCGUGGGGAGGAGGCAUGAUGUGUGCUGCAAUCGUGGAGGAUACGAGAACAGAAGAUGUAUUCUAUGCCUUGUCUGGUAUACAUGGCCAGGCUGGUUCCUGGGGGGUCUAUAAACUCGACUUGCGUUUCUUCGACUCGGAUGGAACUACAAAAGUGCAGAAGCAUGCAACAGUUCCAUGGGCGCUAUGGCUGAAUGGUGCGGCUUUCAUCCCAGGGACCUCAAAACUUGUCAUGGCCGAAUCUCUUGGUGGUAGGUUGAGCAGUCUGGACGUCGACACCGGAGAUGUCGAGAUUUGGCUUGACAAUAACCUCCUCGAUAAAUUGACAGACCGGGCGGAAUGGCCAGCAGCAAAUGGAUUGAAGUUUAACGGAGAAAACGUAUAUGUGACCAAUUCAGAUCGAGGCCUACUACUUCGGGCCCGAUUCGAUGGAAUCACAGGCAAGUGUAUUGGUGACAAGGUGACGGUAAUGGCAGAGGGAUGUGCAGGAGAUGAUCUCGCCUUCGACAUAGAGGGCAACGUGUAUGUUGCAACAAAUCCAAACCAGACUGUACUGAAAUUCUUCGGAGUCAGGGCUCCGGGAGCUGAGCGGGUAGAAGAUCGUUUUAUUGUUGCUGGGGGCUUCGAGUGCACUGAGACUGCUGGGCCAACUGCGGUGGCAUUUGGAAGGACAAGCGGCGACGAACAAUCACUCUACGUGGUCACAACUGGUGGACUACUCGCGCCCAUCGGAGAAGCUCCUGGGCCGGCAAGGGUGCUACGGGUGGAUGUUGGAGUUAAGGGCGCACCAUUGCUGUUCCCUUGA